AUGUCGCUCCCCGCCCCUGCAACCCGCGCAUCAGACUUGAACGACGCCGAUAUGGCUCGUCUCAGUGCGCCCGCCAACGAGACCCCAAAGACGGAGCGCAAGUCCAACCGAUUCCGCAGCAUGUUCAAGCAUCGCCCUGAUUCUAGUGCCUCAUCUAGCCCUGCGACAUCGACAAAGGCCCAACACGCUGACUCCAGUCCGCUUUCAUCGCCAACUGUCAAGCCUGGAUUCCAGCAGAUUGGUCUUUUGCCCUGCGAGCGCCCUUCUUCCAGUUCGCAAGUGAACGCUGAAAUGGUUUACCUCGACAGCAUCGACAUUGAUCAAUCGGCGAUCAUGGAAGAACGCGAUGAAGAAGUCGGCCCCGUGAUGACACAUGACGAGAAGACUGAGAGUGUCAUCAAGACCGCGAGCCCUAAGAUCAUCGACUUUGCUCUCCCGACUCUCAAUGACGCCAAAUAUCACAGUAGCUCACCGCAUGAUUCACCAGGCAAACUCACUGACAACAUGUACGCCGAUACCAACCCCACAGAUGCAAAGUCAGAAAUCGUCGGAGACAAGAAACCUCUCAAGAGCUUCCUACCUCCCAAACCCGAUGACCCCAAGCGACAAAAUCAAAGCCUCGGCCCAGAGCAGAACAAGAACACUGACAUGCUAGACUUCGAUGACUUGCUGGACCGCUGCCGUACGUCACUCAAGAUCGCACAUGACAACUACAACAGCCUAAAGCUUAGUAACUCAGUCGCAGAUUACGACGACGAUAGCAUUGCGAGUGAUUCUUCUUCAGUUAAGGCUGCUAAGGAAGACCUCUUGCUACGCGCACGCUACCGCGAGCUCGGCGAAUUCAUCAGGAAGCAGAUCACUAUGGCUAUGGGCGAGCAUCACGGCAACCAUCACGGCGCAGAGAGUGAGAAGACCACGGCGGCGUGUGUCACGAUCAACAUCGAUCUCGGCGGUGCGUCGACAGCAAAGGCCAUGCAGGUUGUUAGUGUUCGAUCGGACAACGCCCUCUUCGCUGUCAACAGUACCAUCGGUCCAUUCACCCUCACUCAUGCACACAUCGCCAGGGACCUCCAGCUCAGCAUCGUCGCCUUCUACGUCAUUCUUCUUCUCGGCAGUGCCUUCCUCGGACCAAAGACUCUUGCACUCACAGUCUGGAGGAUGGCUAUCGUUCUGGGAGUGUACGCUGCUGCAGUGUGUCAUUUGGGUUGGACUGAGCGCCUUGAAUGCGACGUCCUUCUCGCGCCGAUGUUCUUUGCCUUUAGUGUAGCACAAGGCUUGUUUGCACAGAUGUCUGCGCAUAUCCACGUGGUGGUUGCUGGAGCUGUUGCAGAUGGUCUCCGUCGCAAUGGAACGGGCGAGGAAGGACGCGUUGAUGACAAGUAG